CGUAACCAUUGCUUCCGCGCUGCGCGCUGUGUAAUGGGCAAUCUAAUUGCCUGCUUAAGCAAUUCUCGUAGCAGUUCUUUAUAUAAAUCUAUCUUCAGUGUUGUACUCCGUAUAAAGUAGAUCUCCUGUUGGUACUCUACGUUGUUCAUCAAUCUAUUUACGUACUGCUAACUGCUAGCAAGCAGCGAUAGCAAAACUGCGUAGGUCCUUACGAGAGAGCAACAGCAGAAAACAGUAUUGAAACGCUAUCCGAAUUCAGUUGAUCAGUAGCGUGAUCAGAGUGGAAAAGCAACAUUCGUGUUUCCGGAAGCCGCCGUAUUAAUAGCAAGAAUCAGCCCGGCAGCAACAGCACCUGACAGCUGCCGGAGAGAAACCCAGCAACGGAGGUCACAGCCUAGAGCCGAGAUCCGCAGGCCGUUAUUACAGGUGUUUCAAUUGCCGUAGUCGCUUCUGUUUAAAGCGGAAGAACCACAGUGAAAGUGGUUGAUGCAUUUUCCGAUUUGCCGAGAACAGACGAGACUAUACGUUCCUUCUUGCGUUGCGCCAAUAAUCGUUUUGGUUAGCCUUCUAUCCAAUUGUACUGCUAUAGUCGAAUCUCUCUACUCUCACUUGCCUAAAUUACACAAGCUAACAGAAGCAAUUAGGCGCUAAAUCAGUAGCUUUAUUGUACUACUAUAGCUGCUAUAUAAGCCUGCAGGCUCUGUUAGUUUAUGGGGCAAAAGAUAUUCCCGAACGACGUAUGAGCUUCAGGAGGCAGAUUACCGUAAUCAGAAAAGAGCUUCGAAGGAAAGCGAAAAAAAGAGUUCUAGUCACUCGUUCGUAGCACAUAGGCAGCCAGCGUAGAUACAUAAAAUAGUGGCGCUACCUGUUUUGAAGAGAAACGCAGCAGCAAAAAAAUAGGACGUAAAGAAAUACCAGGCGUCACGCUAGCCAAUUAUUUAAAGGCGAGCAAUCACAGCAGCAGUAGCAACUGUAUCACAAUUCGUUGUGGACGGCUUUAUGCACGUUUUUAUCUAGGCACGUUAGCGCAAUGUCAGGACCAGCAAGUUAACCACACAUCUGCUAUAGCACGACCUACCAAAAUUAUCUAUAGCAAAAGGAGAAAAAGUCUAAAGUGAGUGUAGUCUGUAGUUUUUCCUUUUGACAAACGCUAGCCGGACAGAAUACACGCAGCCACUUAAACAAGUAUUGGCACUCACGGCAAUAGCGGAAACCUUGUAGUAAGGGAUGAAGCACCCUGACACAGUGCCUAGCUAAUUCGUUCUAAAAGAGAAAUUGUGCGCUGACUGAACUUCGAUCAGUUCUCAGUGUCUCCAGGUAAUGAAAACAAAGAAUGAACUUAUCUCGUGAUAGCUGGGUAUUUCAGUUCACUAGUGGAAUCUAAACGCUACUUCUUAUUUCCAUAGCUACCUAAUCUUCGGUGACGACUCGACGACAUCGACUUUUUGGCAACUUAGCGAUACUCUACGACAUAUUCUAACGACAGCAGCAAUCAAUGCGAACUGCAUAAUAGUAAACUGCGCCAAGCUUUUUCUGCUACUACAGCUACUGCUACACUGGAAAAGACGCUAUUUUCCGCCGUGAUAGACCUACAAGACUACUUUCAGUUAUUUCUAACUUUGUUCCUUGCAGAAUGAAAGCCUCGAUCUAACUUCUAUCAACCCCAUCCAUCUAGCAGAAAAAACAUAAGCCGCUGCCACCCGCUGGGCCUUUUCAAUCGCGCAAGCUGCUCCACGUCGGAAUUCCCUGUAUGCAGUCCAUUGGACAGGGUUGAACAGCCGAGCAAGUUGUACUGUAUCUGAUCUAGGGCUUUAUAGCCUAGAUAAAUGGGGCAAGCCUGGCCCUUAUGUUGAAUCGAAUCUUUGCGUUUUCCCGCCUGAAAAAUAGCUCUAGCGAAACUGUUGUCCACACAAAGUGAGUGCUGUCGCUGUUGUAGAACUACAAAUCUACAUUACUGAAGUAUAAGUUUGCGACCCAUACCGUCUAUUGUUGGCAACGGCAAAAAAAACCUGCGAGAACAGCUCGCGCAACGAUUGCAUGCAGUCUUCAUCGGAUGAUCUACGUUGGCGCCACGUCUCUUCGCGCAUCGGUUGCCAGUUCAUGGUUCUACAAGUACGGAGUUAUGCUAUAAGCUAAGGGCAGGUGUUGGUCCGAGACUGGGUCUAGUGGAUCUUGAAUUCAUCACAAAGCUACCUAUUCGAAAAAAACACACAGCUACCUAAACAUCUGCGCGAAUAGCUGAACUCUCUCCGCGCUAGUGAAACAAAAUGACAGUCAGCUGUAGCUCCGCUAUCGAAUCGGGUUGUCGUGUUUAGGACAUUUUCCCCAGCGACCUAAUCGUGCUAAUCCUUAUCAAUAUGCUGCUUCUUAUUCCGUUACGCUGAGUUGGCUUGCAAACGCUCCCUGUUCUUUGAGCCACACUAGCGGCGAUCCGCAAUCGCGACAGUCAUCAGCUGACUUACGAUAACAGCUAGUUUUAGCUAGUUUAGCUAGCUACCGACAGCGGGUAACUGACCAAGUAGACGUCGCCGACGUCAGUGAUUGAACUCACGUUUUGUUUGCCGUAGCAGACGGCAGCUGCAGCGGCAGCAACAACAAAAACAGCAACAAUUGUUCCCCGUACAGUCGUAGCGCCAGCUGAGCGAUUGACGACGACAGCAGGCCUAAAUACUGCCAUAAGUUUGGAUCAGCCCGGUAAACGUAACAGCUAGCUCAGGAACAAGUGUCAGUCAAUUAAUGAUAACAACACUGGUAACAAUAAUCACCAGGACGUCAGUACUGAGCAUAGCGAAGCGUCUGAACAUAACAUGCGUUCGCCUUGGACGAAAUGACUCCAGUCUCGGCGGAAACUGAAAGCGAGAGUGUUUGAAAAAAACCCACUACCACUCCCUAAAACGAAUUUAAGGGUUGCUUGAUCAGUCCGAGUCGUUGUUGUCAAUUCAGCGUAGCAUUAAGGCAUUCAAAGUCCGUGAAGAUUGUGGUGCCGCUUAGUAGAUCAGUGAAAAAAAACAACAAAAACAAGCGUCCCAUUAAUAAAUCGACCAGUUUCGAACGAUCAUCUAUCGCCAAGCACAGCAGUAACUCCUCCAUAUUUCUAGGGAGGGAACAGGUACUAUCCUGCCACACCGUAGUACAGGUCUAGUGCAAUUCAGUGCUAAAACAGCAGCAGCAGCUGUUAAAGGACAAAAUGGAUUUUAUUUCGAACGUGUGGAACAAGGCCGCCUCCGCCAUCGUCCCCGAAAAUGGCAAUUCGAAAGAGUCAAAAGCCGCGGCAAAUGCCCAGGAAGCAACAGGAGCCGCCCAGCAUGAAAACAACGCCAUCAGUGAAGCCAAUCGAGGCACCGCUGAGGGCGACAGCGGAUGCGGCGUGACCGCAGGCUCAAUAGUAACAACGACAGCAGCGGCAGCAGCAGUAAUAGCUCCAGAAGGCGCGGAAGCUGGCAUGGACAGCAAUACUAAGGACAAGGUUGGUGACUCCCGGAAGGCGUCCUCGGCCACUCCCGCAGCCGGGGAGGCCAGGGAGGACGGGGUCACCAGCCAGGUACUGCACAAUGUCGAGAACGUGUCGCAUAAGGCCAUGGAGGGGGCCAAGUCGUUUGGAAGCUUCCUCUUUUCUGUCGCCAACAAGGCUGGUAAGACCGUCACCGAAACGGCCACGAAAGUCAAGACCGCAGUCGAAGAGAACAGCAUCCUGGCAGACUUCAAUCACGAGCAGGCAUCGUUUUUGGCCUCGCUAACGAAAAACUCCGCGGGCGCAUUGCCAUGGACCGGCUGUGAGAACCCUGAGGAAAUGAAACAGCAAAUUCUUUCGCUGUCCGAAGACAAACGUACCUUUGUUAGAAACCCACCCAAUGGGGUACAGUUUGAGUUUGAUCUGGAAGGACAAUACGCACCCGUCGCCAUGGCCAUGCUUAAGGAGGAUCCACGCCUCGAGAAAAUGCGAUUCGACCUCGUGCCAAAACUCAUCAGCGAGCAGGAUUUUUGGCGCAACUACUUCUAUCGUGUGUCAUUGGUCAAGCAGUCGUCGCAGCUAAACUCACUUGCAAAGAGCGGCGGCAAUGGAGAAGGUAGUACCGACACGUCAACGGCCGAGGGACCGCAAACACCUUCGGAUGACGGGAAAGAAGAUGACGGAGCUGAUAGCGGAAUACCCUCUGAUUUCGUAUCCGACUCUUGUGAAGGCAAGGUGAAUGCCGAGGAUCUGGCUAAGGGAAUGCAGCAGCUUGGCGUAAGGGGAGGCCGUAGCGGUAAAGGAGAUCAUGAGCUCGAACAGGAGAUCGAGAAAGAGCUUGAUGGCUACGAAGUCGUUCAAUCAGGCAGCACCGGCGCUGGCGUCGCUGAUGACGACGACCUCGAAAACGAGAUUCAGAAUCUUCUGUCAGCUACACGCAAAUAAGCGCAGAAACGCCAAGCGAAAAUAACAGCAUGAACUCUCACAGUUACUACUUGUCAGUAUAGAAUCGAAGCCGAAAAGCACCAGCCGAAACAACGUUGAUCACAGGACAGAAACAAUGCGACGCGUAAAUAGUGAUGACAAUAUUAAACACAACAGCGACAUAGGAGACAACUAAAAUAUCAUAUAAUUUCUUACGUUUGGAUUAUCUUUAUUUACAUACGCAUGUAUCCACGACGAUUAGUUAGACAAGUUGACUGAGGAGGCGCGUAAGUUAAGAAAAUUUGUUGUUUGGCUAUGAUAUAUAAACAUAACAGCAAUAAUAGAGAAAGAGAAGCUGAGCCGUAAGCGAGUCCAUGAAAGCAGAAAAACAUCACGAGAACAACUGACGUACAGAAUACGGGACAUUGACAUGCAACCGCAUUGCACUAAACCGAUAGGUAUAGAUGAAAAUUGGAAUUGUUGCCGGAAUUACAAGUGAGAUGGGAACGAGAUAACUGCGGAAGGUCAAAGGUGUUUGGGAGUUGCGUGCGGACUUAACCGUUAGUCCGUUAACGAGCUAUGCUAAUCCGUUGCUCACUUUAAUUUCAAAAUGGAGACAGAUGUCAUCGUGCUUCACUUAACACUACUUCAGGAAGUUGAUCAUAUAUAUGUGGCCAUCGUCAUGAUGGUGCCGCCUGUAUUACCCAGGGGGUGAACUUUCUAUGCUCUGCUCUGCUCUACUUCGUAUCCGAUUCCAAGGGCUUCUUUCAAGUAGAAGAUAAUCUGCUCUCCGUGUAAGUCAUAUACUUUGAUAUGCAUAAAUAAAAACAAACGAACAGAUACGAAAAGAAAAACCGUUGCCGUUGGACGUCUGUAUCGACGUGUCAUAUAUAUGAGAUACUAGAUACUGAUGAUUCUGUUUACACCGCAAUGGAUGGGUGUCGCAAAGGGCUAUAGUAGGACAGCGUAAACUGGCGUAGGAUAAAGAAAAGACAAGCGUUUAUCAAGACAUAAUAAACACCAUACAUGCUACAACAAGCCAGACCCAUGUCCUAUAAAAGAACAGAAACGUCACUAACUAUAACAGCCGGUAUCCAUAUACACAAGUACAUCUAGUGCGAGCCAUAUAUAGCGUUACAAAAAGCGAUUAGUUCUAGAAUAACAGCAUGUAGUCUUAAAACGAACCAACAUAACUAAAAAUUUCUAUUAGCAGUGUAAAAGGUAAACACCCGUACACACGCUCGUUUCACCUGCAGUCUCUCACCCCGGUGACAAGGAUUGAGAGAAAGUUAAAGAAUGACGGGGUAAAGGAAUGAAGAAGGCAUAAUAGAAUCUAGCUAGUUAGUAGCGGUUCGACUGACAGCUAACAGUCGUACUGUAGCCUACAGGUAUUACGCUGGUAGACGUGAAAAAGGAUGUGUGUGAAUAUAAAACGAUCCUUACAUAUAAAGGGACAAAAGGCCAAAGACCGAAAAAAAAAAUGUUAUCUAAAGCCUGACAAAUUUGGCACACUGGCAUAAAUGGGGAAACAAAGCUGUCGAAUUGACGUCGUAAAUAAAGACGUGGUAGCAAGAUGUUACAUGAAGACUGUGAGUUUAAUACAGAAUAAACAAAUGCGAACGCGAUGCGCAAUGAUGGGAUACAUAUGCGGACAUGCGAUAGAUGACACUCGAAGCAGGGAUUUCGGAGAGAUAGCCUACUCCACGGACACACGCUAAUGUUAUUCGGCGAAACAUAUUGAGACAGAUGGAAUAAAGAUCUUGAGGUCUUUUUCGCAUGAUAGAAGGUGAUAAGCAGAAGACGUUAAACGACUAUACUUAAUAUUACAGAUAGAUAGAAACAGAAGAUAUGACGUCUGAGUAAUAGACGGCGCCUAUAGGUAACAUGAUGGUUGACUGGGCAGGGGUGUUACGAACUCGGGAAAACGGAUCCAGGGGGUCUACCUUGUUGGUGAAGUGGACCGCGGAAGUAAAAUUUUUCGCCUGAAUGAAGAAACUUUCAUAGUUCAAGGGGCCCGCGACUCGUUCCACUCAGGUUAUGUCUAGGCUUUGCCACGGCACCUCUAACAGCGAAGUGCGUCUUUGUCCACUAUAUCUGUAAUUAUAAGAAAAAAAGCUUUCAAAUCUCGUAUCUCUUCGUCUCGGCUAUGCCAAUCUGAGUGACUGGUCAGUGGUGAAGUUCGUUCGCUUGGAUAAAUUGUUUACGGUAAUUCGAACCGAAACUGGGUUUCUUGUGUAGAAACGUCAAGGAAUCUAGUACAGCAAGUUCGAACAAACAGUCCACCAUUUUUCAUAAGGGGCAUCGGGUCCCUUGACUAUUACUAACACAGUAAUUUUUAUUGUAUUCUUUCUUUUUCUGCUGAUUACGCAAGAAGAAGUAAACAAACAGGGACAAGUAAGCUGAAGCAGGUUGUCGCUUGAUUUGCUGGUGACGAGUAGUUCUCAAAAGCGAAUGCCCUUGUGUAUUUUUGCUAGGGUGUAACGUGGAAAAUGAAUAGAUGGCGAUGACACUGGUGAUGACAGAGACGUAGUUAAGACAUGCGCGGACAAAUGACUAGAGGACAGAAGGCAAAGGAAGAGAGGGAGGCGACAGAACGACAAAAAGAAUUAUCAUAUUCUUAGCAUCAGCGUCCAUAUUACGUGCCUAUAACGUUUUGUAGUAAUGCGGAGACUAUUUAUCUGUGGUUACUGUGCAAUUAAAUGGUUUGACGGUGACACGUACUUUGCAAAAGGUCGUACUCUCUAUAGUAAUACGAUGUAUAUGGUUCGUCUGAUAAGGUCCAAAGUCCGAUGUAGACCGUAGAGAAAGAUAAUCUUAUGGUUACUUGUUAAGAGAAUUGGUUAAUUGUUUACAAUCGUCUCUCGAACAGUGAAGAACCAAUAAAAGCGCGAUAUGGUAAAGAAUUCAUCCGUAAAACUUUUUACACAAUUGAGGGUUGUCGUAUAAGUGAAAAAUUAAGCAAGUCUUCGAAAAAGCAACACCGUGUACUCGGUGUCGUUCGUUGAAUUGUCCGAAAAUUCCUGUUCACUUCCCGCGACGUUGACCUUUCUGGUCGAUAUAAUUAUUACAGAAACAUUGACUCAGACGUUCAUAUGCAGAAAUCCGAAAGGUCAUAAAAUGGGUUGUGUGUUUAAUCUAUGACUGACGGGUUGAUAAAUAGGUUGGUCAUUGUUUGGUUGACGAUAGCUAAGAAGAACCAGUAAACGUGAGUUAUUUCUUACUGAUGAGUAUUGACGAUUAACUGUUUAAAAUACUUCGAAGCAAUCAUCGUUGCUACGAUUAUUAACGUUAUGAUGAUUGAAAACAUGCAUAAUAACGAUAAUAGCCCAUCGUAAAAACGACGUAACAUAAACGUACUAAUUUUACGCAACAACGCUGGCAUCUCUCACAUGUCAUCAGCUACUAAGCGCGAAUGUUAAUAUACGAGGUGGCUGGAAGGAACACUAGAGAAUAUUUUACAUCUCCGAUUCAUGCCGUGAUAUCAGAACUUUGCCAAAAAUAAUAAUUCAAACCAAUGUCAAUGGCUGCCGCUGAGUUGAGCAUCUCUACGUCCAGUGAUCCAAUCGUAUCUGAGGGUCGUUUGCGGAUCGCAAACGCGACCCACUUAAGCUAAAAAACGAAUCUUCAGAGGCGUACUUUUACGUUACAGAACUCGAGACGCUGUCUAGCUCUACUGUUGAUAAGAGCAGUUGGCAAAAUACAAAUACGGUGGUUUUGUUCUGUGCUCAUUAUAUUAAAGGAGCGAAAGACAAAGUCUCAAGCCCAAGCGAAGCCACCCCGUAAGUCGCUCGCAGUCGAGUUGCAACGUCUUCUAUUAUGCGGCUGUGGACGCCGUACUGUAAUUGUCUAAGCGACGGUAAAUGGGCACUUGGUAGUGUGCAACACCGAGAACAUUGGGUAGAGCCGGGCGCUAAGAUCUAUGAAUCAUGUAUGGUGGGUCGAUGAUAUACAUGGGACAUGUGUCGGGCCAACCUUUCAUCGGUAUGCCCACUGCAGCGGAAGCGACAAAAUAACAGCUAUUACGAUUUUAUCAGUGAAUACCUUGACGGUUGUAGCCAAUCUUGCUACCACUACAUGUACAUGCAUAUACCAGAAAUGUCACAUGAUACAUGUUGAAUUUAGGCCAGACAAAUGAACGUUACUGGCAUGGUUUCAUUGCUAAAGAAAGACGUGAAACCUUUUAUCGUUGGCUUCGAGAGCACAGUUAACCUAUGCUGCCUACUAACAAAUCGCUCCGGAUGGUUUCAAGCCGAAGCAGUUUCUCUUUAGAAACAGUGAUGGCUACCCACAUCUACAGUACGAUCUCGGGAUUUCAAGCAGAGAUUUGUAUGGAUUUCCAUUAUAAAUGGGCAGUAUGUAACGUGCGCACAGGUGUACACAUGCUAAGCGUAUCCAAGCUCCUUCCUGUUCAAAUCGCUGAUACAGCCACUGAAAAUUAUAGUAACCAUAGAAAACAAACGUACAGACACUUACUAAACAUGCACAAACAUGAGACGAGAACAGACAACCAAAAAUAACGCUUCCGUUCCCUCUAGCGGUAUCUGAAUAAAUGCGUCAAUAUACGAGCCAAAGCAAAGGAAAAAUAUUGAAAAUAACCAGCUAGAAGAAAACAGGUCUCUACGUCUUCUGCAGUGAUUCGGUAGGGCAAUCCAUGAACAUAUUCAACUGAAUAUAUUCAUGAAGGACAUCUAAUCUAACUAGACGAGAUCUGUCUCACCCUAGAAGACCGGGCUUACGGACAACUUCUUCUGGAGUAGCUUGCGCAGCCGAAACACAAAAUCAAAUAAUUCGAAAUAAGCGUAAAUGAUAGUCGGGAGAAAACGAACUCUCAUGAUGCAGACAAUGCGGCUCUUGGUUAUCAGUAAGCCUGCAAGAAAGCGAAACCCUUACGAUCGAUAGCAUUUCUAUAAUAUUUCUAACCAAUCAUCGUAUUUGGCUCUAGAUAUUUAUGUCAUUUUGUCGAUAGCAGAAAAGUGAAAACGAAUUAAGCAAGAAAAACGAGCGACCAUAACAUACAAAGCUUUCUUCUGACUUGUCUUAUUGACGUAAGUUUAGUCGAACUGUUCGCUGCUUGUGCAGAUCACUGUGGUGAAGUAGUAGAAGAAGUCAAAGAAAAAAAAAUAGCAGUUACCCAAUUAAAUGAUUUACGAUGGAGCGCAUUAUUACUAUUAUUCUCUAAAAAUUAUGAUGUUGUACGUAGAAUAGUAUAUAUAUAGUUGUCGCGCUAUAUAUAUAUAUAUAUAUAUAUAUGGUCGGCAGAGCGCACAGCAUCGGCAACACGUCGAGUCUUGCUGACCGUCUGCGGUCGUAAACUGCCGGUUUACCCCCUGCUAAAAAUAAUGACGGUAGUUUCAUGACGGAUAAUUUAAUGAUCAUGUUAAUUAUUAUUACAUUAUAAUAUUUGAUGUGAGAAAAAACAAAACGGCUUUAAACGAAGAAGUUAGUUAAUCUAAUACAUAGACUAGUUUCCUGCGUUUUUACGUUAUCUGCGUUGGUACAUACGGGCUGUCAACUGGUCGAAACUCUGAGUACAUUAGUUGAUUACUACGUGAUGAAAAUAAUGAUGAUUGUAAUAAUAUAGUAAAAACAAUAUUAAGUACUAAUAAAUGGACAUACGUGAGGUAAUUCAUCAGUGUCGAUGAUGAGGCCAGCCAACAAUCGUGAUUGACGAUUAUAUACAGAAACAACAAAUAUACGAAGAGACAAAUACUAAUGAUGAUGACGGCGUCUAGAGAUUAAAUAAAUGUAACGUCAGUCAAGACGUGACCCUA